GAGAUGGAGGAUUUACGCAAGAUGUUGAAUGGGUUAAAGCCAGUGAUAUUAAUGGUGAUGGUUCAGAUUGCUUUUGCAGCAGUGAAUGUGUUAUAUAAGCUCGCCAUUAAUGAUGGAAUGAGCAUGAGGAUUGCUACCGCCUAUCGUCUUCUCUUUGCAUCUGCUUUUACUGUUCCUCUCGCUCUUGUCUUUGAAAGGAACAAGAGACCAAAGCUUACUUGGAGAGUACUUUUCAUGGCAUUUCUUUGUGGCUUAUUUGGGGGAAGUUUAUUUCAAAACCUCUACUUUGAGGCUCUGGCUUUAACAUCGGCAACGUUUGUUUCUGCUAUUUACAACCUUAUUCCGGCCAUCACUUUCAUCUUGGCUAUCUCUUGUGGGUUUGAAAGAUUAAGUUUGGGAGCACCAGGAGGAAAAGCGAAGGUGUUAGGAACUAUAAUAGGCAUUGGUGGGGCAAUGCUUCUUACUUUCUUCAAAGGCUUCGAAAUUCACAUUUGGUCCUUCCACGUUAACCUUUUGCAUCCCCAUCAUCAUGACCAAAACGGCGUCGUAUUGACCCCACAACAUGCUCACUCAGAAUUGCUUGGUGUUCUCUGUGCCCUUGCAAGCUGCUUCUCCUAUGCCUUUUGGCUAAUUAUUCAGGCUAAGAUGAGUGGGGAAUAUCCGUGCUAUCUCUCAAGCACAUCUUUGAUGUCUACAAUGGGAUCAAUACAAGCCACUGUGUUUGCCCUCUGUAUGGAAAGAGAUUUUAAUCAAUGGAAGUUGGGUUGGAAUGUUAGGCUCCUGGCUGUUUCUUUUGCGGGGAUUGCUGCAUCUGGGAUGGUGGUGAUAGUGAUCGCGUGGUGUGUGAGGAUGAGGGGUCCAAUGUUUGCUUCUGCAUUCACCCCUUUAAUGCUUGUAAUAGUGGCCAUUGCUGCUUCUUUGACCUUGAAUGAGAAGCUCUACUUGGGAAGUGUGGUUGGAGCAUUGUUGAUAGUGUGUGGGUUGUACGUUGUGCUGUGGGGAAAGGGCAAAGAAAUGAGAACGAUGACUCAGUUGGUGCCAUCAUCAGAAAUGAGCCAACAACAUCAUCUUGAUGAGCCCAUUCAAGUUGUAGUCACCAACGUAUCAGAUCCUAACCAUCACAAGAUUUCGCCAGAGCAAUAAUAUAUGUGUAGUUUCUGCUAUAUAUGUAAAGUUCAUCAUCAUUGUUCUUCUGCACUUGAUGAUCCGCCAAAAACUGAUGAGCGUGCAUGAUGAAGCUAGGCAAUGUCGUGGUCUCAGAGACUUGAACGACGUCGUCAAAGUGUUCCGAUUUGGAGAUCCUUCGUCCACUUGAUGAUUUAUAUGAAAUGUAAUAUGAUAGAGCCAGAGAGAGAUAGAGAGAACGAGAGAGCUUUACACUACUUGUGCUGUGUUCCAUGAACAAGGAAGCCAUCUAUUUUCUGUGUAUAUCUCCUCACUUUAAUUAGUAGUAAUUAUAAUUAUGUAUUUUAAGC